UUCCCCUUCCCCUCUUAUUCAUUUCCCCUCCUCUCUUCCUUCCUCCUCUCCCGUCUCCCCGUCCCUUUAUCCCCGACAAUAACAACAUUUGGCCACGAGUCACCAAGCCCAUUCGUUCCCGUAUAAUCACAUGAAUAGCUCCUCUCCGCCACCACCCCCUUCCCGUGCUGCGGGAAUGGUUUAACCCGUUGAGAGUGAGAGAGAGACACGGGGAGCACAAAGGAAGCGCAGACACUGCCCGUUUCGGAGGAAUAUAAUUGGGUGAAUGAUGUAAACAUGGAGUAAAAACCGCAAGGCUGCAUUUCCAUUCCCCCUCGCACUGGUCCAUUAUCGGUGUUCAAUAUUGCAUGAGGUACUGGCGAACAACAGAGCGUCUGUCUGGACAACGGGAGGCAGGCAGUAAGUGAGAAAUUGAAGCCAGGAGCGGAGGAGAGGAAAGAGGAGUUGAGCAUUGUUUCAUCUUCGCUUCAAAGGUUUCUGGAGUUGCUCACUGGCUUUGGACCCGAAUCCGAUUCUCUGAGACGAUGAUGUUGGGGUUUUCAAGUUGACCAAGCGGACAAGUGGAGGUUUUCUUGUCUGAUUUUGUUUUUGUUUUUGUUUUUUUCUUUCGUUUUUUCUCCUCUUUUUUCUUGUUGUUGUUUUGGACUGGAGUAUGGAAGGGGCAAAACACGGUAAUAUGCAUUUCUGAGGUAGACACAUCUCCAUGGGUGAGGCCCACUGAUCCAGACAUCCCCGCACACCCCCUUUAUCCCUCGCCCCUGCCCUCCUCUAUUCCCCUAACCGCUGCCUCCCCCUCCCCCCUUCACUUCUGUCAUCAUGACUUCUACCAGCCAACUAUUCGGUUUGGCAGAGGUGGGGCUGAGGUGUGACCAGGAGAUUGAGAGGAAAUAUGAGAUCGUGCCCUCAGUUGUCUGCUCCAUGUGCUGCCUCUUUGGAAUCAUCUACUGCUUCUUUGGCUAUCGAUGCUUCAAGGCCGUGUUGUUCCUCACAGGCCUAAUGUUUGGCUCCGUGGUCAUCUUCAUGCUGUGCUACAAAGAGAGGGUGAUGGACACUCAGCUGAGUGUAGAGGCCUCGGUUGGCAUCGGCCUGGGCAUUGGGACCCUGUGUGGCCUGGUGACCAUGCUGGUUCGCAGUGUGGGACUGUUUAUGGUGGGCCUGCUGCUCGGCCUGCUGGUUGGAGUGGCUUCUCUAGUGGUCAUGGAGGAGUUCUACCACCCCAAAACCGUAUGGGUUCCUCUGGGUAUCCUCCUGGGUUCAGGGACAUUAUUUGCAGUCCUCACGCUUCAGUGGCAGUGCUGCUUUGUCACCUUCUCCACCGCAACCUUUGGCUCUGCCAUCAUCACUGUCACUGUGGAUUACUUUAUAGAGCUGUUUGCCUUGGUCCACUACAUCUACGAGAGACUUAGGGUGGCGCCAAAGAAGCCAGUGUGUUGGUUUACUUGGGUCAUCUUGGGGGUGUGGCCUGUUCUGGCCUUCCUCGGAGUGCUGAUCCAGUGGAAAGUCACUGCAGAGGGAUUUUCUCACACAGAGGUGGUUUUGAGUAGACAGCAACGGAAAGUCCAGCUCAUGCGCAUCCGCCAGCGGGAAGAGAGGCUAAAAAAGGAGAGAGAAAACAAGAAGAAGAAGAAACGACAGAACCAGAAGACCAGCCACAAGCAGAAGGCCCACACCCAUCACCACCACCAGCAGUAUCACCACCCAGCAGUGUCCCACCCGCACCACCAAGGCCAGAGCUCUCAGCAUCCUAAAGUUCCUCCCCCUCAGACUGAACCGGGCUACCACCGCAAGUCUAACCCUAAAAGACGCUUUGAUGGAGACGUGCUAUCACCAAGCUACAUCAGGAGUUUCAGGGACAGACAGACAGACAGACGGGCGUACUCCCACAGUCGAAUGAUGAGCCGCUCCCGGAUGGCCGAACUUGACUAUGACUGCGGCUCUCAAGUGCCACUCACAGCCCCCAGCGGACCCCCAGUUCGCAUUUGAGGCACAAAUGCGCACACACACACACACACACACACACACACACACACACACAACUGCACAAUCACAUAAGGCUACUUCAAAACUCUUUGUCACAGUUAGGGAUAGAAAACCUGACCUCAUCGUGCCAACCUAAUAACCUGCCUAUCGCAACAGAAACUUGGUAUGUCCCGAUGGUUGUUAAAGGUUGUAUUUAUUAAGCCAGAUUGAUCCUGCUUUGUCCUUUUUGAAUGUCAAGACAAAAGGAGCAAGAAGGAGCAAGAACUGAUUGCUGUCGCUGAUGAUUAAUCACAUACUGUAUCUGGUUCUUCGGCUACCCUGCUUAUUUGGGGGACAUUGGAAAAAAACUGGACCUGUCCUGUGGGGAACUUAUUUAACUGUCUCUGCUGAAUAUUUGAUUUAAAGACUUUUGUGGUUGCUUCAAGCAAUAGGAAGUGAUAUCCAGUGGGAUUGCAGAGGGGAAAAAAAUCAAAACACUCAUUUCUCCACAAGAGGCUGCAUCACUUAAGAGAGUCACGAACAAGAAACAGUUUACUUUAAGGAUUCCAAUAAGAACACUCAGAGGAAACUGACAUUAAAACAACAUAAAAAUCACAACAGAAAGGCAGCUCUUCUUCAAUAUUUUCUCUGUUGAAAUGUCAUUGUGUAAAGAAAGGUGUGAUGAAAGCAACACUGGUCUUUACUGACAUCCUGUGAAUCCAGACGAGGCAGCACAAUGCAUCGGCUGCUUCAAAAUACAGAAAUGGGGCCGGUUAUAGGUGCGCAUUGCUUUGUGCGGUUCACACUGACAACAGUUUUUAUGUCAUUUCUCCCAUUAACACUCCAUGUGUUUUCCAAGGAGAAUAUGCUACAGCUCAUCACUUUCCAACUGUUUCUCACUGCCAAGUGUUUUAGCUAUGGACCUGAGCAGGAGACACAUUCAUACCUUUCCUCUCCUCUCUCCGCUGAAUUUAAAGCUACUGUUUGUAAUUCUGUUUAUUGACAUGCUUCUAAGUGCUCUCAUGUCCCCCUUCCACCUCUUAUCCUUAAAACAAUCUACCUUUACAGAAUUUGCCAGCUAUUUAAAGACAAAUAACUGCUGUCUGAUGCUCAUCCAGAAAUUUGACUGUUGACCUGAAAGGUCACAGUACAUGAUAGCAAAAAUGUUAAACAUUGUGUGUUUGUGUUUGAGAGUGGACACGUGAGCCCUGUGGCAUAUGAUGGCUUGUACCAAAUAUUGGCCAGGGAGGGGGGUGGGAGGGGUUGGGGGUGUUCACUGUAAUGUAUGUAGAACAUGCUCUAUUGUUUUCUCUCUCCUUUUCACCGAUACUGGUCCAGUUAAAAUAUGAAUCUUUUAGGUCUGGAUGAAGAGAUAAAUGAUGCAAAGGAAGGGGUUUAAAAUGAACAUAAUCUCCUAUAAAUGAUGAGACGCAGAAAAAAAGAUGAAAGCAUUUGCAAAUGGUGCCCUCUAAUGUUUGCUACUGGACCUUUUUUUCCUAACUUAAAGUUCCGCGUGCGUAUGGUUGUGUGUACAUGCAUUUGCGUGUGAUUCGCUUUUAAAUUCAAAUGUGCUAACAUUGCUAUUGUUGUACUGAACAUCCAGAGAGGUGAGGGAGUUAGACUUGUAGAGGAGGUAUUUUCAAUACAGCAGAACCGUUUUUUGUUGUUGUAGUUGUUGUUGUUUUAUUUGAACCUCUUUGGAAUUAAGAAACGGUUUUCCCCCAUAUUAAACAACUGAGAUUAAAUGUUACUGUAAAAUACACCAAUAAAAUACCCCAAAAUGUAAAAGUGAAUUCCUCAACAUAGAACAUUUUUAAUUCCAAUUUGAAACAAAUCAUGACUUUUUGGAUUAUGCAUUUUGUUUUUGUAAAUUUUAUGUCUGAGAUUUAGAUAAACAAAACAAUCCCAAUAUACUUAGAUACUUAAGUACCACUGAACACUGAAGUGGUGCUUGGAUUCAGCAGGCAGGUUUUGCAGUUCUUUGUAUGGUGGACCUGGGACUGAAGGACUAAUAAUUUUCACCUUAAAUCAUUACUGCAUGAGAAUCGCUGUGUAGCAGUUUUCAAUGUGUUCGUGUUUCAGUGUGUCACUGUUGUCAUAUAACCCCCCCCCCCCC